AUGUUCAAUUCACCAGUAGCGACAUAGGAAUUUUAUUCGACAUGUCUGCGUCCAAGUCAUUGUUUUGUGACCUAUGUAUUAUUUUUCUGUUUGGCUUCACAGUAGUUUUAGCAGAUGAAAUCAUUACAAAUCCAUUGAUACAGACUACAGAAGGUCUUAAAGGAAACUGUUCGUGCGGAGGAUUUCCAUCUAGUGCGCCUGUAGAAGGCGCGGGCUACGAACCUCUUCUCUCCCAGUCACCUGGAUUGGUUGUAAACUGCGAUGAGGAGGGACAGACCACAUGUAAGACUCUGUGCAAUGCUCUCGCAACUGCCACCAAGGCUAAGGGACCUGAGAUUUUAUGCAGUAAGCUGAAGGACGCUGACAAAUUGAAGUUGUCAGCGUUCUAUAAAGUAUGCGACAAAUCUUGGAUUUACGCAGAUAUUACUGCAGAGGAGCCCCUUUGCUGUGAGGACAACAAAGUAAAGAUUUGUGCAUCGGCCCAAAAUGUUAACGUCACAGACGUUAUCGAUGUUAAGACAAUAAUGUAAACUUAAUCAAAAGAUUAUAUAUCCGUUGAUUUUGUAAUAUUUAAGUUUUAUCAUGACCUUUAAGAAAUGCAGAUGGAUUGUGUGUCGAAUGAUAUAAUGUAAAGGCUUUGGUGAUUUUUUAUAAUAUGGAAUAUUUGUAAAUUGAAAAUAAAGUCAUGUAUUAAGUAAA